GCUUUCUAGCGGCAACCCGAACUCGACCGGUACCAUGUGAUUGUAAUAUUUAAGGACAAAUCAAGGUCCAACGAUGAAUAAUUUCACGAUAAUGAAAUGUUUUAACGUUUCUAAAAACGCCUGUCUCAAGAACAGUCGAAUCUCAUCCAUUUUAAGACCGCUGGCAUUUAGAUACCAUUGUCGGCUGCAAGUUCAAUGUUUACAUUUCUCGGGAUGUCAAACUCAAAGUCAUAUGCGUGGAGUUUGUCAACGUAAUCAAAUUGUGCGAUUUUGUAGUUCACAACAGGAUAAAAAACUAUCCGCCAAACGACAGCAUCUCAUGUAUUUUAUUUAUUUGUCAUUUGCCAUGGGAGGAUGCCUUGUCGUUGCUAUAGUCCUGAACCAGUUGGAUGAAACCAAACAGCGAUUUAAAGGCAUCGAGCGAGUGAAGGACGAACUACAGACGGGUCGGCCACAGAUGAUUAGAUACAAAGAUACUAUGCUGCCGAUAUUUGUAGAGAGAAUUCUCGGUGACAUAGAGGAUUUUGAAACUGAUGAAAAUGACAUAUGGGUCGUUUCAUUUCCACGAUCAGGUACAACGUUAACACAGGAAUUGGUGGACUUGGUACAAUCUGAGGGUGACUUUGUACGAGUCGUGACAAUGACAUUGGAGGAACGCUUCCCUUAUUUUGAAUAUAUGUAUCCCGGCAUCAAAAGUAUCAAAAAGAUGGAUUCACCACGUCUCAUCAAGUCACACCUCCCCUUUAGCCUGCUGCCCAAGAGUGUGAGGGAGGGCAAGGCAAAGGUAAUCUAUGUUGCCAGAAAUCCAAAAGACACCUGCGUGUCCUACUUUCACUUUGUACAGCUGCUCAAACCUACAUUUAGGUUUAACGGUAACUUCAAUGAUUUCUUCAGCCGAUUCAUCAACAACAAAGUUCCCUACAGUCCGUGGUGGCGUCAUGUGAAGGAAUUCUGGGACAUCAGAGAUUCACCGAACAUUCUUUUUCUUAAAUACGAGGACAUUGUGGAGGACUUGGCAGGCACUGUGUUAACUAUCGCGGAAUUCCUUGGCAAGGAUAUACACCCAAUGGAGGUGAAAACGAUCGCUGAACACUGCAGUUUUGACAGGAUGAAAUAUAACAAAAAUCUCAACUACUCCUGGUGGAAGGAGACUGGAAUCGCUGACAAAGAAGGCCAGGAUUUCAUACGUAAAGGUAAAGUUGGUGAUUGGCGUAAGAUGUUUGAUGUAAAUCAGAAUCUACAGAUUGAAACAAUGAAGUACCUCAAACUGAACGAGUGUGGACUGAGAUUUGAUGAGGGAAUUGAGGAGAAACUGACAGCAGCUGACACAGCAGACAAAAUAUCUUAGUAGACCUUGUCACAUUGAAUGUCACAUAUCUUUAAACAAUAUAUGUGUCGCAUAGAAUCUUAGAUAUCUAUAUUGAACAUCUGUGUCACAUGGAAUCUUGGAUAUCUAUAAACCACAUCUGUGUCACAUAGAGGAUUGGAUAUCUUUUAAACAGCAUGUGCGUCACAUACCAACGAUGAUGCCUCUGUUUCCUACAGAAGAAUAGCCUUGAUUGUUGAAUACAAGCUGACUGUAACAGGAGCAAUAUUUACUGGCGUGAUUACAGGUCAUCUGUAGGAUGACAGGAUAUCUACCUCGUGUCUGGUUGAUGAAACUUUCAGUUUCACUGCUGUGACAACUAACGGAGU